AUGAAGGUCCUGACCUUGGUUUACAGUUUUGUGGCUUUGGGGUCUGCAACUCCGGCUCCGCGCUCGGCUUCAUGGCAGGGCAAGAGACAGACUGCUGAUGCGCCAGCUUAUGCGGCACAUACGAUUGAUCAACCGAUUGAUCAUUUCCAGGAUAGCGAUCGCUAUGUUCCUCACACCAAUGCCACCUUCAAGCAGCGGUACUUUUUCGACUCUUCUUACUACAAGUCCGGGGGACCAGUGUUUCUCUACAUUGGUGGAGAGACGAGCGGAGAGUCGCGUUUCUCCAACUUGCAGACUGGAAUCAUCCAGAUUCUCAUGGAAAAGUUCAACGGUCUUGGUGUCAUUCUUGAGAAUCGUUACUAUGGUGAAAGCUACCCGUACAAUUCUAGUACGACAGAUGAACUGAGGUUCUUGACUACUGAGCAGACAAUUGCCGACAAUGCCUACUUUAGACAGCAUGCUACCUUCCCAGGUGUUAACGCUAGUCUGAACAGUGUUGACACACCUUGGAUUAUGUAUGGCGGUUCUCUUGCUGGUGCUCACACUGCGUUCACCAUGAAAACUUACAACGACAUCUUUGCUGGAGGCAUUGGUAGCAGUGCCACUACCCAGGCUUUACUCGAAUACCCUCAGUGGUACGAUCCCAUCAUAAAGUUCGGUCCUUCAGACUGCGUAUCCAGGAUCAUUGAUAUUGUCGACAAGAUGGAUGAACUUAUCUGGAGUGGAAACAAAGAAGGCAUCCAGCAAUUGAAGGAGAUCUUUGGUCUCGGCGCGCUGCAAGAUCUGAGAGACUUCGCCAUGACGAUUGCAUUCCCGAUCGGUGGUCCGAUGAACUAUCCCACCAACACAUGGCAAGAACUUAACUGGUCUCCCAAAUAUGGUUCUGAAGACUUCUUCAACUUCUGCUCCAACGUAACGAACAUCAACCCGCCGGCAAACAUCAGCAGCGUCGAUAUGGCGCUUGCCAAGUACUCCCAGGGCGAAUCUUGGACUGGAUUAGGUGGUUAUGCCGAUUAUGUGAAGAAGACGCUCAUCCCGAACUGCGAAAGUGGACGAAUCGAUAGCACGGACGAGGGCUGCUUCGGCACGCAAAAUCAGACAUACUACGCCGACCCCUCAAACGGUGCAGCACGCUCAUACCUUUACUCGACCUGUUCAGAGUCCGGUGCUUACCAAGUUGCGCCUACGAACGGCCCAUCUCUCAUCUCUCGCGUCCUCCAAAUUGACUACACCCAGCAGUGGUGCACCUGGGCCUUCCCACCUGGCGAGCAUAAUAGCAUUCCUGCAACUCCCCAGUUGCACUACUACAACAAGUACGGAGGCUGGGACGUCCAAGCUGAGAAUCUCGCUAAGAUCGAUGGCAAUACCGAUGUCUGGCUUGAUCUAUGCUACCAUUCGAAUCUGGCUCCUCAGCCCAGGAUCAGUAGCGACAAGUACCCGAGUUACCUGAUUGCGGGAGCCGGACAUCACUGGGACAGUUAUGGUAUCAAGAACGUUAGCGCUGAGCCGGAUUAUAUCAGGGAGGCCCAUUAUUGGGAGGAGAGGACUGUGAGUCGGUUCUUGCAGUUCUGGGCGGAAAAGGAACACUAG